AAGUCGGUUGCCUGGACGACGGGAUGAAGCGAUGCGUGUCAUUGCGCGCCGAGGCAGCCAGUCGUUCGCGAGAAAGAAAAGAGUGAGGAGUAUAUUAUUUCGGAAGUUAACAUGGCGUCGUAUCGAAACGUGCCACCACUGUGUACAACGAAGCAUUAAAAUUGCGGUACGAUAUGCGGUCUACGUCUGGUGUAAGAAAAUCAUUGCCAUUUAUUGAGUGAAUUCCCAAAAUUGUGACGGUUUUUUCGAAAAAAGGAAAACGAGGAAAACAAAAAAAAAAAGAAAGAAAAAAGAAGAAGAAAAAGUACAACGAUCGUUUGGUCAAAUGACAUGGGAAUUUGCAGUAGGAGACACUUUCUAUUGACGAUAUGCAUUCUGCAACUUAUUACCACUGUAGAGCGUCAAGUUUUCGACUUUCUGGGGUUUAUGUGGGCCCCGAUACUGGUCAAUUUUUUUAAUAUAAUAUUUGUUAUUCUUGGAUUUUUUGGGAGCUUUCAAUACAGACCUAAAUAUAUCAUAUCGUAUUGUAUAUGGAACACACUUUGGUUAGGGUGGAACAUAUUUAUGAUAUGUUUUUAUCUCAGUAUAGGAGUACUGGAUAAAAAUAGUGAUAUUUUAAAUCUUGGUACCGGUAGUUUUUCCUGGUGGCAUGUAAAUGGACCUGGUUGUAAAGCUGUAUAUGAUGUUACUGAACCAGAAUUAUUCAGGCCAGCACGUCCCAGUAAUGUGACGGAUUGUGUACUGGAUUAUGAAGUAGUAGAAAUCCUACAUGCAUCUACACAAUGUCUUUUAGGGUUAAUGGCAAUUAUAGGAGGGAUUUGUCUAAGUAAGGUCUUUUUAGAAGAAGAUGAUAGCUUUGACUUUGUUGGCGGUGAUGACUUUGGGUUGGCAGGCCACACACAGUUGCAUCCUAUGUAUGUUAGUUAUUCGGCACUUCCACCACCUUCUCAUCCAUAUAAAAAUUCCAAUCAAGAUUAUCCUGCAGGCACAACUAGCUCACACCAAUCUGGUUAUCGAGAUACAACUUUUCCAAAAAGAAAUGACAAAUCAUUUAAUAGUACUAGUAAUAGUAAAAAUAGUAACAGAGAUGAUACUAUCAUAAGUAAUAGAAGUAAUUUAUCCAAUAACGAUAUGAAAAACGUGGAAUAUUCGACCGAUUAUUCGAAUCCUUUAGAUCAUCUUCAAAGACCUAUUUCACCAUAUGAUGAAUAUGAUUCUUUGGAUAGUGCGGCAAGAUUAAAAUAUCAAAAGAAUAAAUUGUAUUAUCCACAUUCUUCAAAGUAUGUUUCUGUUACAACUACUAAAUGUAAAACUCAAUCAAGUCAUGGAAAACCAACCAGGACACCUAGCAAACCUAGAAUUUUUACAGAUCAUAUCCGUGAACAGCCUUUAAGAUCAUUUUACUCUGAUCCAAAAUUGGCCAUUGAUCGUCAUCAAAGUAUGAAUAAUCAUGACAGACCAAAUAAAUCUAAAAGAGAAAGUAGACCUCUAUCGUUAUGUGCAAGUAAUUUUUAGAGUAAAAAAAUAUUAGAAUAUAUUGUUUAAGGAAUAAUUAUUGAAAAAAGAAACUUAUCUUUUUUUUAUAUACAUGUAUACAUAUAUAUAUAUAUAAUAUAUAUAUAUAUAUAUACACACGUAAAAAUAUGAAAAUAUAAAACAGAGAUGGAAAGAAAUUUCUUCGAUUAUAAAUGAAAUUUCAGAAAGAUUUUAUAAGAAAUACCUUUUGCAAGAGAAACUUGUUUUGAUUUAAAAUUUUGUUUUGCUUUAUACUGCCACUUUUUUGGGAUAUGAAAAUGUAACAUAAAAUUCCUAUACUUGCCAAAUACAUGAAACGAUUAGUGUAGCUAGUUAAAGUGCCACUUCCUUUCAUAAUAACUUCCAUUUCCCUGAAAUUAUCUCGUUUUGUGGUUUAUAGCUUCACCAUAAUGAUUUAUAGUUAAUAUUUUUCAUGUUUUACGUAAAGAUGGACUGAUCUAAUAUCUAUGAAUAUAAGUUGUGUUAAUUGUUGAUUUUAACUUUAAUUAAAUUAAUCGUUAGCUGCGUUUAAUUUAUACACAUACAUACAUACUAACUUCACAGUUGUUCAGGGCUUUUUAAAUAUGUAUACGACAUUUACUUUAUUAUUAUUAUUAUUAUUUCUCAUCGAUAAAUUUAUGAUACGUACACUGUGAUAGAUAGAUGAUUAGCCAUUAUAUGGCUCUAUGAAGUAUGCGUUGGUACAAAAAAAUAAUCAGAUUUCAAACGUUAAACUAAUAAUUGGAGCACAAUUUUUGUAUAACUUUGCACAUGUGCAGAAAAAUACCUGAUAUUAGAAUUUAGGAUGAGAAUUUUGUUUAAUUUGUUUUUCUAACGAAUUUUUUUCUGCAGUAUGUGCAAAAUAAUGAUGAAGUCGUCCCGUUGUACUUUUUUAUCAUUAUUACUAUAUUAUAAUAAUAAUAAUGAAUAUUUUUUUUUACUAUUAUACCUACAAUUAAUAAGAUAUAGGUUUCUCAAACAUCACUUUUCUCAAGCAAUAUGUCUAUUUGUUUUUUAUUAUAUUUUGGACUGCAUUUUAUUAGCUUAUUACUUAUAGCAUUGAACGUUUGGUUACUAUGUGGUGCUAUGGAAAACUAUAAAUAUUUAAGUAUGUUUAGUAGUGCAUGGUAGUUGGUCUCAUCAUGAUUUCAUCUUCGAACGUUUUGAAAAUAAUUAAUUUCUAUAUAUUCUUAUAAAAUUUCUUAAUUCAAGUAUAUAAAAAUUAUAACGAUGCAUAUAAAAAAAAUAUAUGAAAUUUGAAUGAUGAAUAUACUUUUGACUCGGUUCUGCAUGAUAUUUUUCUUUUAUUUUUUAUUUUUUGUUUCUUUUUUAUUUUAUUUUUACUCAUACAUUAUCAUACGAACUCAUUCCUUUGAUAGAUGAAAAUUAUAUUAAAUAUGACGAAAGAAGUAAAAAAGUUAAUUAGAAUUUAUUAUAAUAAAUAAUGAAUAGAAAAGAUUUACGAAAAUCGGACUAUAAUCAUUGCUGUAUAUGUAAUGUUUUCAGAUCAAUAUGUAUAUAUAUAUAUAUAUAUAUAUAUAUAUAUAUAUAUAUAUAUAUAUAUAUAUUGAAUUGGAUUCUUUAUCGUCCUGCGUAGAAAAGUACAAGUUUUCUUGUCACUUUAUUUUGCAAAAAAGAAAAAUAAAUAACGCAUAAUUUUUUAAGAACGUAGGAAUUAGUUUUGUAUUAUUAUUUUGACUGUAUUGCAUUGAUCCUUUUGAUGCAGUUUAUUAGUGACAAUAAAUGUGCAAUGUUACUA